AUGCCUGGGACAUUGAGAGUGACUGCUCUGUACGACGCAGCUGCGCGGCUAAUAGGAUGCCCGCCGACCGGCCUGGGCCCCUCGAAAUACGAGUUGCGUCUUGCAUGGGAGGAGGUGGACGCAAGGGGGCCCUGCCCGAGUCUUAUCAACGCGGCCAGCUCAGAUGAGGGUCAGACAGCUCAUCUUACACUCGGCGAGUUCUGGAUACAUCCCGGCAGUCAGGACAGUUUCGAAUUCUGCGACACCCGGCUGACUACCCUCGUGCGAGUGCAAUGGGCCUCACCCUGGUGGGAUACCAACCAGGAGUUUUCCAUGAUGACGGGGACCACGGUGGGUCUAUCCGCCCAACUCGAGCGAUAUGCGAGUCAGGCAUCAUCCAGCGCUUGCGCCAUCGCGACACACCUCCGAUCCCUUGAGCGGGAACCGGAGAUCAUGGGUGGCAAUGCAAUGGCAGCGCCAGGGAUAGCCACGGCGCAGCUGAAGCUGGCCGAAGCCGCGUUUGAGCUGCUCAAUCUCAGCCGAGAUCCCGGCGAUAUCCUGACCCAUCUGACUGCCGAUCUGCAACUCAUCUGCGCCGUGCGAUGGCUGUGCCACUUCAACAUUCCAUCCCUGAUCCCGGAGGAUGGCAGCCCCAUCACGUACCCGGCACUGGCCAGGGCCGCCCAGGUGCCCGAACCGCUCCUCCGCAGCACCCUCCGCCUAGCCAUGACCAGUCGCCUGUUCCAGGAGCCAGGGCCGAGUCCAGAUCUGGUCGCGCACAGCCCUGUCUCCCGAUGGUUGGCCAGCCACCCCGGGCUCGCCCAUUGGGGGCGGUACUUUGCCCACACGGUCAUCCCCACGGCGGUCCGCCAUGUGGAUGCCACCGACACCUGGCCCGGCAGCCAGAAGCUCCAUGAAACCGCGCACAACCUGGCCUUUAACCACGAGGGGUCCUUCUUUGAGUACAUCUCCCACGAUGGGGCGCUGACGGUCGAGUUCUCGAGCUCGAUGAACGCGCUGUCGGGGACCAGCGCCUUCAGCCAUGCUCACACGGCCAGGAGCUAUGACUGGGCCUCGCUGGGCCACGGGUUGGUGGUCGACAUGGGCGGCUCGACGGGCCAUGUCAGCGUCGCGCUGGCCGAAGUGUUCCCCCAUCUCCAGUUCCUCGUGCAGGACCUCCCCGAGGUCAUUGCGGACAGUGUCCCGCGGUUCUCGGAGCGGACGCUGCCUCUGGCCAUCCACUCGCGGAUCCGGUUCGAAGGCCACUCGUUCUUCACCCCGCAGCGGGUUCAGGGGGCAUCCGUGUACUUGCUGCGGCACAUCCUCCACGACUGGCCGGACCGUGAGGCCGUUCUCAUUCUCCGGAAUAUUGUCCCCGCCUUAGGCCCAGAGAGCCGGAUCCUCAUCUCCGAUAUUGUCCUGCCCCCGCCGGGGUCGAUUCCCAGCACGGAGGAGCGGGUGAUGCGUUGCAACGACCUGCUUCUCCACCAGUUCACCAACACCCUGGAGAGAACGCUGGAGGAUUGGGAGGCUCUCGUCACACAGGCCAGUGAUCGGUUGCGGAUUCGGCGGGUCUCGAGAGAUCCCGGAAGUAUCCUGUCCCUGAACGGCGACGCUACCGGGUUUGGAUUCUGGACCGGUCCAUCUGCACACACCGGGCAGUCAAUCUGGCUCAAACUCUCGAUCCGCAUAUUCAUCGCGUCGAAUAAAGCAUAA